AUGGAGGAGCACUGCACCCGCACCUCCACAGCCUCCUUAACACUGGUGUCCCCUACAGUUACCUGGCCAACAACAUACAGUCCUCUCCUCCUGUCCCCUGUGACAGCAGCCAGCCCAGCACAGAGCCACACACACCCUGAGAAGGGCCAGCAGAGCCUGCUGGCUCCAGUCCUAGUGUCCCUCUCAGUAGCUCUAACCCCUGCUCCGAUGGGUGCUCACGAAGGCCUCAACGAUAUCCAUCGAGGCGGUAUCUGGGGAAAUGGGGGGUCUGUUUGGGUCCCUGUGAGGGGGCGUGGUCCCGGUCACCUGCAGAGCAUCCAGCCAAUCCACUGUCAGCGUGUCAAGGGGCAGACUGACCCAUCCACUCUCCAAUCCCAGACGAGAUGCCAGCUCCCCAUUGGCCAGGAGGCGGGACAGCUCCUCAGACCCCAGCAGGCUUUGCAGGGAAGAGUAAACCACCAGGCUGCGUCUCUCAGGGAGACGGUCACCAAGGUCCCACCGGACCCUCCCACCUCAAUCAGAGAACACACCCCCUCGUCUCUGGCUGCCAGCGAAUUAGACGACACCUUGAUCAGAGCAGGGCCAGGGGAUUGCGGGCGAAGUGUAUGGUUUGAGAUUCAGCCUUACCGUCAGUUUCAGUUCUUGUGUGUUGAAGACCGACACCUCGUCGCCCCCAGUGCAAAUCAACACAUCUUCCCCAGACCAGAUCACUUUAGCAGCUGUACCCGGCGAAGGACAUCCGAACUCAGCCCAAGUCUCAACAACAGCACAUCUCGCCUCCAUAGCCGAGAGAACUGGAAAAAUAACAGUUUCGCGUUCCUGGCUACGGCGAUCGGGAGCGACUACUGGUACAUUAUUGAGGUGAACAGAACCAACCGGACCGAUACAGACGUUUCGGAUUCCCAUUCCGGAUUGUGGAUAACUUAUGAAGGUCAGAAGGUGUAUUCUUACACAUUUAACUCCCCCAACUACUCUGAACCUGAGAUGCACAUGUUGAACAUGCACAGUGCGAUUGUGGUCCUAUUGCCUCUAAGCCUGGUCCUGCUGGUGUUCGGAGGCAUCUGUGGAUUGAUCAGUUCCCUGGCCCGGAGCCCCACCCUCCUCACUGGCACCGCCUCCUAUCUCAUCCUCUGCAGUGUUCUGACCCUCUCUGGUGUCAGCCUGUACAUCAGUUACUCCCAACAGGCGAUGGCUGAGACUGAGAGGCUGGUGGGGGCUGAGCGUUUGGCCCAGGUGGUCAGCACCUCUUUCGGCUGGUCCCUCGGCCUGGCCUGGCUCUCCUUCUGCCUGGAGGUCCUCGCUGGCCUGCUGCUGCUGCUAGCUGCCCGCCUAGCCACCCUGCAGCACGGACCACAAGGCCACGGCUGGCCUCUCCAUGUUGUAACUUAACCCAAGAGGCAGAUGUCACAAGAACUGGAUAACCAACUGGCCCUGAACUGUACCUUCAAUUUUCUAAUGAUUUGUAUGUGCUUGUAUCUGGCACCACAAAUUAAGUUCUCUCUGGAAAAAUUGUUCUUUAAGUAUUUUUUGUUUCAUCCAAAAUGCCAUGUGGUUUAGUCUAUGGGCAAAACAGUUGAGAUUUAGUGCCAUCUUUUGGUGUGAUAAGUCACUACAUUUCAAUUGACAAAUGCCCCCAAAUACCAAAUUGUAUUAUUGUGGUCCUAUAGGAUGAGAAAUUAAACGUACUAGAACUACAGGCCUCAACCACAAGUCACUCUGAAUGGCUGUUAGCGGUCAAGGGGUUUCAUUUUAGAACUUGGGCAAGUGAAGGGCUAUAGGAAAGAAGUAUGUAUCAUGAGUGGAUGUACUCAAAGCAAAACCCAUAGUAGAAAUGCUCGGAGCAGACUGAGGGUGCAUCUCAAGUGAAUCUUUAGCCAGAUGUAGCAGUGGUAUCAGCGGAGCCUUGUCUGGCAGAAAAACACUUCAUUCAGCCUCAUUUACUGCCUGUUUAAAAAAAAAACAUAUCUGACAUGGCUGACUUGCCUAAACAAAGGUGGUUUCUACUGACAAUUGAGAUGUACAAACUAUGGCAUUAGGGAGUGAUGAGUGGAUAAGAGGCAAUCUGUAAUUCUGAUUAAGAAAUUAGGAGAGUAAAUGACUUGGCGUUACCUUAGAUUGUAAACUGUCAUAGUCAAAACAUAUCGAUUCAAUGGUUGUAAAGAUGGGGAGAGAUCUGGCCGUAAUAAAGAGAUGCUCUGAUUGUUUUGACACCACACUCUAAAAAUCAAGUUCUGCAGGUUCUAGUUUAGUCUCAUCUUGAUUAUUGUGUGGUCCAGUGCUGCAAGGAAAGACCUAGUUAAGCUGCAGCUGGCUCAGAACAGAGCGACACAUAUUGCUCUUCAUUGUAAUCAGAGGCCUGAUAUAAAUACUAUGCAUGCCAGUCUCUCUUAGCUAAGAGUUGAGGAGAGACUGACUGCAUCACUUCUUUUUUAUAAGAAACAUUAACGUGUUAAAUCCCCAAUUGUUUGCAUAGUCAACAUACACAAAGCUCUGACACACACUUACCCCACCAGACAUGCCAUCAGGGGUCUUUUCACAGACCCCAAAUCCAGAACAAAUUCAAGAAAACGUACAGUAUUAUUUAGAGCCAUUAUUGCAUGGAACUUUGUUCCAUCUCGUAUUGCUCAAAUAAACAGAACCUGUUUGUUUUUUUAAAGGAUAAAGCAACACCUCACAACACAACGCCUCUCCCCUGUUUGACCUAGAUAGUUUGUGUGUAUGCAUUGAUAUGUAGGCUACGUGUACCUUUUUAAGAAAUGUAUGUACAGUUGAAGUCGGCAGUUUACAUACACUUAGGUUGGAGUCAUUAAAACUCGUUUUUCAACCACCACAAAUUUCUUGUUAACAAACUAUAGUUUUGGCAAGUCGGUUAGGACAUCUACUUUGUGCAUGACACAAGUCAUUUUUCCAACAAUUGUUUACAGACAGAUUAUUUCACUCAUAAUUCACUGUAUCACAGUUCCAAUGGGUCAGAAGUUAACAUACACUAAGUUGACUGUGCCUUUGAACAGCUUUGAAAAUUCCAGAAAAUUAUGUCAUGGCUUUAGAAGCUUCUGAUUGACUCAAAUUAUGUAAAUUAUCCUGAGUCAAUUGGAGGUGUACCUGUGGAUGUAUUUCAAGACCUACCUUCAAACUCAGUGCCUCUUUGCUUGACAUCAUGGGAAAAUCAAAAGAAAUCAGCCAAUCAGCCAAGAAAAAUUGUAGACCACAAGUCUGGUUCAUCCUUGGGAGCAAUUUCGAAAUGCCUGAAGGUACCAUGUUCAUCUGUACAAAUAAUAGUACGCAAGUAUGAACACCAUGAGACCACGCAGCCGUCAUACCGCUCAGGAAGGAGACGCGUUCUGUCUCCUAGAGAUGAACGUACUUUGGUACGAAAAGUGCAAAUCAAUCCCAGAACAACAGCAAACGACCAUGUGAAGAUGCUGGAGGAAACAGGUACAAAAGUAUCUAUAUCCACUGUAAAACGAGUCCUAUAUCAACACAACCUGAAAGGCCGCUCAGCAAGGAAGAAGCCACUGCUCCAAAACCGCCAAAAAAAAGCCGAAGAACACCAUCCCAACCGUGAAGCACGGGGGUGGCAGCAUCAUGUUGUGGGUGUGCUUUGUUGCAGGAGGGACUGGUGCACUUCACAAAAUAGAUGGCAUCAUUAGGCAGCAGAAUUAUGUGGAUAUAUUGAAGCAACAUCUCCAGACAUCAGUUAAAGUUAAAGCUUGGUCGCAAAUGGGUCUUCCAAAUGGACAAUGACCCGAAGCAUACUUCCAAAGUUGUGGCAAAAUGGCUUAAGAACAACAAAGUCAAGGUAUUGGAGUGACCUCAAUCCUAUAGAAAAUUUGUGAGCAUAACUAAAAAAGCAUGUGCGAGCAAGGAGGCCUACAAACCUGAUUCAGUUAUACCAACUCUGUCAGGAGGAAUGGGCUAAAAUUCACCCAACUUAUUCUGGGAAGCUUGUGGAAGGCUACAUUUGACCCAAGUUAAACAAUUUAAAGGCAAUGCUACCAAAUACUAAUUGAGUGUAUGUAAAACUUCUGACCCACUGGAAAUGUGAUGAAAGAAAUGAAAGCUGAAAUAAAUAAUUUUCUCUACUAUUCUGACAUUUCACAUUCUUAAAAUAAAGUGGUGAUCCUAACUGACCUAAGACAGGGAUUUUUUACUAGGAUUACAUGUCAGUAAUUGUGAAUAACGGAGUUGAAAUGUAUUUGGAUAAGGUGUAUGUAAACUUCAGACUUCAACUGUAAUUCUGUCUUUGAGCUGUUCUUGUCUAUUAAUGUUCUGUAUUAUGUCAUGUUUCAUGUUUUGUGUGGACCCCAGGAAGGGUAGCAGCUGCUUUUGCAACAGCUAAUGGGAUCCUAAUAAAAUACCAAAUGAGCAUGCUAAAACGGACGUAGUCAAUAUAACAAUUUGUUCAGCACUUUUGAAAUGUGCAGCGACAGAAUUCAGAACCCGUUCUUACAGUAUUCUCCCUGUACACCAAGUCAGAACUGUAGGAUAAACAAAGGGAAUAAAGGAGGCAUAUAAGCAGACAAUGAAAACUCUUACAAUAUUCGAUGAUGGAAUUUCUCUAAAACAGGCUAUAGGCUACAUGUGCACCACCAAGUCACAACAGUAGUCUAAGUUAUGAGGGGGAAAGGGACCAAAUUAUUAGGGUGAGGCACAUGGGCUACUAACAGUUUACUACACAACAUACACUUAGUAUUACUUUCUUAGCUACAGUAUACAUAUCUUCCUGGCAUCUUACAUAAUUUAUGCAGCAGCAUACAAGACAUAUUUGGACUCACUUUGUUGUGCUGUGCUUACAUGAACAGGAAGGUGGUGUUGGUGGUCUUUCUUGUGGGCAAAUUUCGUCAUCAAAACCUGUCAUUCUUUGGAUUUAUGGGGUUUUCAAGACAAUUGGGAACUCAGAGGGAAAAAACAAGGUUGAAUCAUGACAUCAGUGAUCUUCAGGUUGGAGCUCUAGAAAGAGGCCUGAGUUCCUGACUUGGAAUUCCCAGUUGGAUGACCGUUCAAAAUGCAUCUUCCCAGUUGUUUUGAUUGUGGCAAAGUCAUGCUGGAUUAACAGCAUGGCCAAUGUAUUCAACCUUUUCUGGCCCAUGGUGUUGAAUGUGAAUGUUUAUCAUUUUAAGCUUGUAAAAGAGACCCUUAAACCCAGACAUGGACCGCACACCCUCUCCACUGAAUAGCAGGCUAGUGAUUGCUUUGAAACACUUGCAGUUAGCCACUGAUUCCUUCCAAACCACUCAAUGUUGAAUUUGCGAUUUCCAACUUGUUGUGUAAUGUUUAUGUCCAAUAUCCGAUGAGCACCGAUACUUUUUAUCUAUCAUUUCUCUUCAUAUGACAAGGAUUGAAAAGGAUUUGCCAGUAGAUGUUCGAUGUGAUUCAUGCUUGUUCGUCGCUUGCUAGCUAAGAUUUUGAAAGUAUGAUGUUGACAUUGUCAGUCCAAUCAAAGCUACGGUAGAUUUAACGUAAUUUUAUCUGUGGCCAAUGACCUUGAGCCUUCUUGGAUGGGCACGUAUAAUGUAACUCAAUGGCAGCACCCAAGGGGCUUAAAUGUUCGAGCUCCCCUAUUCAGAUUUUGCGGCGUAGUGUUCCCAUGAGUGACAGAACACUGAGCCAAUCACGGCGCAACUAGCAAACAUUACAAACCCCUACUCUCUUUAUUUUUCGCUGGCUGCCCCACCACAGAAGGCACUGAGCUAGACUGAAACACCAGCAUUUUGGAGCUGCCUUACUCAAGAAAACAAAAAAGAGACCAUGUUUGUAUGUGGCGUUAUUAACUCAAAUAUUUUUUUUUUACAUUGCAAACUGAUAUGUGACACAUAUUAAUGCCAAAAUAACAUGCAAAACAGGCAACAGCAAAACAUUUUGCUAAACAGGUGGGGCUCAAAUCAGAAGGGGCCCUGCCCUACAUUUCUGAUUGAGCAGACCUAUGCCAUGCUUACUGUGAAUGUGACUCCGUGGACGCCGAAAUAAAUAAGCUUUUAAAAGGUGCAUAGCUGGCAAAACGCAAAUGGAAUUAAUCCCAGCCAAGGACACAGCAGCCUACAUACAGUACACAACAAAAAUAAUAAUCCAAGAUUUAAGUGUUUUCCGCAGGGCUGAUAAUAGCAGUGGUUGUGGUGUGCUGUGCGUGGAGGGAAGGUCAGAGCAGAAAGGCUUUUGAAUGACUGCUGCUUGACCUUUAUCAACAGUGGGCCAGUGGGAGAGAGAGGUAACCUUCUCAGCGGCCCAACCUUGUCCCUGCUUGCCAGUAGCUGGCUCUGAGCUGUGCUUUACUGCUCUAUAACCAACCUGGUCUCAGAGCAUUUUGUAUUAUUCUUUACGUAAAUCCAAGACACUAAUUUUAGUAUGAUGUGUCAAGAACCAAUUUGACUGAGCUUGAAGAAUUUUCAAAAGAAUAAUGGGAAAAAGUUGCAUGAUCCAGGUAUGGCAAGCCCUUAGAGACUUACCCAGAAAAACUCACAGCUGCCAAAGGUGCUUCUAGAAAGUAUUGACUCAGGUGUGUGAAUACUUCUGUAAAAUAUAUAUUUCUGUAUGACAUUUUCUAUGAAUUUGCAAGAAAUUCUAAAAACAUGUUUUCACUUUGUCAUUAUGGGCUAUUGUGUGUAACAACUGUAUGUAACAACAAAAUGUGAAAUAAAUCAAGAUGUAUGAAGGCACUAUAUACAUCUACACUCUAACUAAACAUUUGAAAAAAUAUUUGUAGUGUGUUUUAAAUUAAAAUACAUUGGUUUUCUCAGAAAAUCCCAAUUCUUGUCACCCUGAUCUGUUUCACCUGUCUUGUGCUUGUAUCCAGCCCCUCCAGGUGUUGCCCAUCAUUAUCCCCUGUGCAUUCAUACCUGUGUUUUCUGUUUGUCUGUUGCCAGUUCGUCUUGUCUCGUCAAGCCUACCAGCGUGUUUUCCCCGUACUCCUGUUUCUCUCUCUCUACCCCAUUUUUCUUGUUUUUCCAGUUUUGACCCCUCUGCCUGCCCUGACCCUGAGCCUGCCUGCCGUUCUGUACCUUACUGUCUCUGCCCUGGAUUACCGACCUAUGCUUGCCCUUGACCUGUCGUCUGCCUGCCCCGUUUUGUUAAUACACAUCUGUGAUUCGAACUGUGCAUCUGGGUCUUA